UUCUCUCCUGUGGUUCUAUCCACAUUUGGGUCCACAAACUAAGCACUUUUGCCGUAUUCCUUGUCACAUAGCUUCUUCUCUCUCGAUCCUCUCCUUUUUUGCCCUUCAAGAAUCGCUAAACUUUUUCCCCCUUUCUUUUACAAUUUCUCGAAUCUGUUCUUGUUUCAUUGUUUUGGUCUUUGUUUCCUCGGAUAUUCCUAGAAAAGAGCAGGAAAAAAAGUUGACUCUUAGGCUGUUGGAAUCGAUUUCGGGUUACUGGGUUUGAAGAGUCUCUCGGGUUUCUGAAAUUGGGGGUUUGUCCCGGAUUUUGUGGUAUUGAAUUUUGGGCAGAAGAUUCGAUUAUGUCGUUUCAGCCUGUGAAUCCCAAUUUCUAAGCUCAACUGAAUCUGAUUUACGCUGUUCUGCGAGUUGUGGAUUUUUUAUUUGCCGGUUGAUUUUAAAGUGGGGAUUUUAGAUUUUUAGCAAGUGGUUUGUCUCUCAAUGUUUUGAGACUGGUUGAAUCUAGAGAGAAGAUGAAGAGAGGGAAAGGUGAGGAGAAAAUAAUGGGGCCAAUGUUUCCCAGGCUUCAUGUUAAUGAUACUGAAAAGGGAGGACCAAGAGCUCCUCCAAGGAACAAGAUGGCUCUCUAUGAGCAGCUCAGCAUCCCCUCUCAGCGAUUUGAUAAUGGAGUUUUGCCCCUGAACCCCAACAACGCUUCCAAUUUGAUCCCUCCCUCACCAGGCCAGGGUAAUGGACAUGAAAGGCGUAUGUUUCUUCCAAUGCAUCUGCCACCAUCAACAUAUUCAGCUGAGAAGUUACACAGUUCUGAUUCAAAUACUCCUCUGACCCAGUUUGAGUCCAGAAAGAAAACAGAUGAAGAUGAUUUUAGAGUUCCUGUCUUUGUUAACUCCAAUAUAAGUCAAAGUAUUGGGAAGUUCUAUAAGAACUCAGAGAGGGAAAAAGUCUCUCCCUCAAGUCCAGCUUUUCUUGGGCGCUCUACUAAAGAUGCAAAGCACACAAGGGGAGGAAAUUUGAGACAUCAGGAGAGCUCAAGACAGCUUCCUACAACCAGAGAGCAGUCUGUUAAAGCUUCCUUGAGUUCUCCAUCCACAGAUAAGAAAGAACAUUGUAUAAAGCAUACUGAUAUGGAUUUUCCCUUGCAUUCUAAACAGAGAGAUGGCCCUGCAAAUAACUCUGACCUGUUACAUAAGAGUGGUAUAAACCUACAACCAGAAAGCAUAGUUGAUUCUAAAGUUGGUGACGCUAAUGAUGAUGCUGUUGUGAGUGGGCCUAUUAAGGGUGUGGAAAUUGGAGAUUCUUCUGCCCCAAUCAAUUGUUUUCAAACAGAAGAGCAGAUUAUUAAUGUUGUUAAUGAUGUGGAGUCUCAGGAAAACCAGACAUUUAGAUCACUACAAACACAAAAUGUUGAUAGAGGUGACAACUCAUCUGAGACUUCCAUGGUGGAAUGUAUAUCUGGAAUGGACAUAUCGCCCGAUGAUGUAGUUGGAAUAAUUGGCCAAAAACAUUUUUGGAAAGCCAGAAGAGCUAUUGUCAAUCAACAAAGAGUGUUUGCAGUUCAAGUGUUCGAGUUGCAUAGAUUAAUAAAGGUUCAGAAGCUCAUUGCUGAGUCACCAAAUCUUCUACUUGAGGAUACUGCUUAUUUAGGCAAACCUUUGAAAGUAUCUUCUGCAAAAAGAUUGCCCCAAUUUGAGUAUAUUAAGGCACCUCAAAAUGUUCCAAAGCACAAAAAUGAUUCUGAAAAGCCUCACCUAAGAAUGGAAUGCUCUGCUGAAAAUACUGUGGGGAAAGCAUCUCUUUCUUCUGUUCAAAAUGCUACUCAAGCUCCUAGCUGUAAACCCUCACCAGGGAAUCCACCAUUAGCGGCAGUAAGUAAUGACUCUAACAUGGGUCCUUGGUGUUUCCAUCAGCCCUCAGGUCAACAAUGGUUGAUUCCCGUGAUGACGCCCUCUGAAGGACUUGUAUAUAAACCGUACCCUGGACCCGGAUUCACGAGUCCAGGCUGUGGAGGCUGUGGACCACCACCACCAGCGUCCACUCCAGUGAUGGGGAACUUUUUCGCUCCUGCAUAUGGAGUCCCAACUUCUCAAUAUCACUAUCAAGGCAUGGGUGAUCCGUUUGCCCCUCCUGUCGGUCAUGGCUAUUUCCCUCCAUAUGGUAUGCCGGUAAUGAACUCUGCUGUCUCAACUUCAGCUGUUGAACAGAUGAACCCAUUUACUCGAACGGGUUCUCAAGCUCAGCAGGUAUCAGGUGGGGGAGUGAACUUAAAUGCUCAACAUCAGAACUCAUGCAACAUGCCUAGCCAGAAGAAUGGGGAUGCUGACAGAAUGCAUGCUUGUAAAGAUAAUGAGGUACAAGCUAGCUGUGCUAGUAGUCCAAGUGUAAGAGCACCGGGCGUGACAGUAAGUGGUCCCAUGGAAGGAAGAAGUGUGCUUCCUCUAUUUCCCACAUCCCCAGUUGUGAACGUCGAUGCCAGUCAGCCUCCUCAUACUGCUCACCCUGCUAGGGUAAUACGAGUUGUACCUCAUAACGCUAGAUCUGCAUCUGAAUCGGCUGCACGCAUCUUUCAAUCUAUACAAAAAGAGAGGAAGCAAUAUGACUAGUGUAACACAUAAAUAGGCUUGGAGAGUUGGGAGUGUACUUGACCAUUUGCCCAUCCAGCAAAUUGGUCAGUUGUAUUAAUUAACAUUUUGGCUGCUAUGAAUUUUGUGAAGCAGAUAGUCCAGUCCUAAUGUAAUGCAUAGAUUUCACGCUCAACUUUAUUUAAUUCAUUGUAAGCCAAUAUUCUCUUUUC